CGGAGUCGGACAGCGGCGCUAUGAACCGGCAGCUGAGGCACGCGCUCCGGGAGAGAAACGCGUCUGUCUGGAGGUCCGUCCCGCCGUGGAGCGCGUGUGUAAGGGCAGGUUUUUACAGACACCUGCGUUUGAUCUGGCAUGCGUUGAUGUUCCUGACCGUCCUGUGUGUGGCGCUGCAGUUACUGAGCGUUGUUCGUCAGUCUUGGAACAACAAGCCCAGCCAAACUGACCACCAGCUGAUCAAUCCUCUUUCCAACGAACAGCAAGAUGCUCCGCCUAACAUGGAGACCGUUCAUUCAAACCAAGCGGCCCGGCGUUUCCAGUGGAGCGUUGGAAAAGUCAAGGGGCCGAAUAAAGCUUUAGAACCUACGAGCAAAAAUCUGGAUACAACUUCAGCUCGACGUCUCGCUAGCACAUCCGGUAGAAUUCCAGCCCCAAAUCAGCAAGCGAGGAAAGCAGAUGGGCCGCAUGACCCCAGAGGUGAUUGGGUGGUUGCCCGGGAAGUCAUAAAAAAAUCACAAGUCCAAAAUUCGUCACGGAGGGGAACUAGUGAUCAAAAUGGCACGUGUCAACCUAAGAACCAUAUUGUCUUCCUGAAAACGCACAAGACGGCCAGCAGCACCAUCCUCAACAUCCUGUAUCGCUAUGGUGACACACGCAACUUGACGUUCGCGCUGCCAGUGCACAUGCACAGCCAGCUCUACUACCCGAACUACUUCAUGUCACACUUUGUGGAGGGCGCGAGGUCUCGCCGAGUGACCGAAUUCCACAUCAUGUGCAACCACAUGCGCUUCCGAGGCACUGAGGUGAGGAAGAUCAUGCCCCAGGACUCUUUUUAUUUCUCCAUCCUGCGCAAUCCAGUGUCCAUGAUGGAGUCCCUCUUCACGUACUACAAAGCGAUCCCAGCGUUCCGCAACUUCAGGACCCUCAAGGACUUUCUGCUCGACAAUGGACGUUCUUUCAAUGCUUCCUUGCCUAGUAAUCAUUAUGCGCGUAACAUCCUGACCUUUGACUUUGGCUUUAACAACUCCGCUCUGUUGGAUGAAGCUGAACUGGAUAAACGAGCCGUGGCUCUAAUUUCCGCUGUGGAAAGCGAAUUCCAUCUAAUACUGAUUGUGGAGUAUUUUGACGAGUCAAUGGUGUUGCUUAGACACGCGCUCUGCUGGACACUGGAUGAUGUCGUGUCCUUUCGUUUGAACAGCCGAAGCGAGAAUUCGCGCAAACCGCUGAGUGCGGAAAUGGCUGAGCAGGUGAAGAAGUGGAGCUCGUUGGAUUGGCGGCUGUACCAGCACUUCAACGCUAGCUUCUGGAGGCGGAUAGAUUCGUUGCUAGGGCGCGAUAAGCUCCAAGAGGAGGUGGAGCUUCUUAGAGCUAGAAGGGCAAAACUGGAGAAAACCUGCCUUUUAGAUGGCAAGGCUGUGGAUCCAAGUCACAUACAGGAUUUGUCAUUAAAACCUUUCCAGUAUGGCGAAGCAGUUAUCCAGGGAUAUAACAUCCGCCCAGGAUUGGACAACGGAACGCACCAACUUUGUCAGAAGCUCAUCAUGCCUGAGCUUCAGUAUACCUUAGCGCUCUAUGUUAAACAGUUCCCUGAUAUCGCUGCUAAAAUCACAGCUGUGAAAAAUGCAGCAGAACUGAAAAAAAAGCACACGCCCGUUGCAAAACCCAUCAAAACUGCGAGGAGUAAUGGCACCGGCGCAGAUGUUGCUGAGAAGCGCAGCUUGAUCGAUCAAAGGAGGACAGAUUCUGUUAGAAACAACAGCAGCUUACUAACCGGCACUCAUCAUCAUGUGCAAAAAGCUAAUAUUCCUUUAUUAGCGAAAGACAAUAUGGCUGGUAAGGGUAAUGCUAAACCCAGCUAAAGCUAAACAACCCAAAACAUAAAGACAUAUGAACCUGACCUGAACAGUGAAUUAUGCUAAAUGUGCCUUGCUGCAUUGUACAUUAAUGACCUCUUAAUGUUGUUGUGAAGAUAUUCAUUUGUUAAAGGUUGUAAAUGAAGAAAUGAAAAAAAAAAAAAAUACAAAUGAAUGUCAACACCGUUGUUGGUUCUUUUACUCUAGAUUCGCUUCGCUAGAUCCUUCCAGGGUCUUAAUAAUGUGGCUAAUUUAUUAGCUAAAGGAAAUACUUGUGACAUUUUCUGUCUUUUUCUGAAAUCUACGCAUUCCUGCGCAUUCAGAUGAUGACUUCUUUUUCUUCUUCUUUUUUAUCUUCUUCUUCUUAUUGUUAUUAUAGUGUAGAUGAAGACGACUAGCAAUAAUUCUGUGAUCAUCGUUGAUCAUUAAUACUUGUCAAAUCUCAUAUAUAAGUCUAAGAAAGGCUGUUUUUCUGUGAUAUGGUAUCUACGGGUGUAUGUCCUCUUAAUGAAAUCUGUCAAAUCAAUUGAAGUGAUUGGAUUUUGUCUUGAAAGAGCAAUAACCAUAUGUAAGGGGGAAAAAAAAAACAAUAAUCAAAAUUAAACGAAAGACGAUU